GACGUCAUUUCACGUCGUUGCUAGUGCAUUGAACAACACAUAAACCAACUGCACAAAUAUGGGGAAGUUAGGCUGUUUACCGCCCGGCAGCUGUCGGUGGCUCGUGCAAUUUAAGAAGUCGAUGAAUGCCAGGGUGGCGAAAUUCAAAAAUGACUUUAAGCGGAAGUUUUUUCGGGACAACAAGCACCUGGGAGACCUGCGUGCCGACCAACUUCACAAUGAGACUGGGUCCCGAGAUAUGGAAAUCACGAAACAGACGUCCAAGCAUGCAGCGGACAGUCCUGUCCCUAAAAAGAAGGUCGUCAAGAAAUCAACUUACGGUUAUCAACCCCCCUUGUAUACUGAAGAAGCAAGUUCCGAGAUUCAACGGACUCAAGUUGUAAAGAAUUCAAACGACGAAAACAAACGGAACUCUUCGCCGAAUUGUCGCGAUUCAUGCCAGGUCACAAUCAAAGCCGUUGUUCACGAACCCACUCCAACCCGUUCCAAGGAAGAAGAACUAGAUGAAUUCGUGACUACAGUCAUCCGCAACUCUGUGGCACAUCUGAUAAAGGAAGCCAGCGUUACGUUCCUAAUGAAAGAGUCAGCAGAGAACUUGCUGAAGAGACACGACAGUAAUGUGGAAACAACCGGCGAACACGUUAUCAAGGAUACCGACACCACCAAGGAACAGGUUGUCAUUGAUACCGACACCACCAAGGAACAGGUUGUCAUUGAUACCGACACCACCAAGGAACAGGUUGUCAUUGAUACCGACACCACCAACGAACACGUGAUCAUUGAUACCAACACCACCAAGGAACACGUGGUCAUUGAUACCGACUCCACCAAGGAACAGGUUGUCAUUGAUACCGACACCACCAACGAACGCGUGAUCAUUGAUACCGACACCACCUACGAACACGUUGUGAUUGAUACCGACACCACCAACGAACACGUGGUCAUUGAUACCCACUCCACCAAGGAACAGGUUGUCAUUGAUACCGACACCACCAACGAACGCGUGAUCAUUGAUGCCGACACCAUCAACGAACACGUUGUCAUGGAUACCGACACCACCAACGAAUGCGUGAUCAUUGAUACCGACACCACCAAGGAACAGGUUGUCAUGGAUACCAACACCACCAACGAACGGGUGGUCAUUGAUACCGACACCACCAACGAACGCGUUGUCAUUGAUACCGACAUCAUCAAAGAAUCCAACGCCGUGAACGUCAUCAAGGCGUCAUCCGAGAUUGUCCUAAAAGAACAGGGCGACAAUUUCGACAUCACCUACGAACAGGUUGUCAAGGAAACCGACAACGUUUCCGUCUCUUCAAGCGUGUUAAGCGCUUUUGCCGAGAGCGCAGUGAAGGCCAGUCUGUUUGAGAUGGAUGUCGUCGACAACGUUAACCACUCCGCGAGGGUCCCAAAGCCCGCCGUCAAGGCUCGCAGAUCACCAAGGACAGUGAAGGAAUUCUUAGAGAUGAUUGGAGUACCAGAUUGCCGGGACAGCUCCAGCCUUCACCUUCCCGACGUCGACAUCUAGACAUUUAAAUUAAGCCCCAGUCUCAUAUAAGCACGGUUGGCUACGGCAGUUCCGGAUCAUCACGAAUACACCCGGAUCAAGAUCCGUGAUGAUCCGUAGACUGGUUGGUUUCUAAGCGUCAAAGGUUUUACCAAGAUCAUAACGUCGGUGACAACACGGCACGCAAACCGGCCACACGUACCAACACGGACAAGCCUGGCAGCAUUACGAAAUCAACACGGAACACGGCAGAGACACUUACCAUCAGGUUGGUUUUCGGUGAAUCCAUAGACUUACAAUCAGAUCUCGAAAGUGUAACCUCGAAAGUUUUCAUUUCGAUGUGACUCGUAAUUGCACAAUAUUUUCAGUUUGUUAUUAUCACACAGCACAAAAUCUUGCACAUAUAAGUAUCAUAUCAUGUCUUAAAUUUUGGACACGGACCCGGCUUCUAAGCUGAAUUAGGCCCGACGAUAUUCGCGUUGGUUAUUUGUUUCCUUUUUGAAGGAAGAUUUAUAGUUCGAAGAUAGAUCCGACAACACAUCUAUGAGCGGGUUGUCGUUUCGCCAUUGCCCUAGUUUGAUGUGAUAAUAGUCCAACUCGUCAGCAGCACUCGCAUUUUUAUGCCAAUAACAAAAUGAAGAUUCAGGAUCAGGCAGGCAGGCACACCAUUUCCUAGAUUAUGGUUUUCUGCUCUUGAACACUUGAAAACCCCGGGCUGAAUUAUCGCUACCUACUUCCAGCAAAAUGAAUCCGAAGCAAGUUUCGACCAAUGUUAUAUGAAUUAUGGAAUGGUAACCCUUGUAGUUCGUGCAAGGAUCAAUCACGCUGAGGACACUGUUUGCAGAUGUGCUUCCCGUCCAAAACAGAAGCACAGUUGUGUAGCUGCUAAGGGUCGACGAAUUGAUUGGCGAUAUUCUCGCAUUCAUGUUCACAGGACAGCGAAUUAGGUCAUCAACAAACUCUAUAUCUAUCGCAUUGCAGAUCUGAUGAUGAUCUUGGAGUUGGUGUUGUGUGCGAAGCCAUACAUCAGAAUGGGGUAACUGUCCCCCAAUGCUAGGUUCCGUCAUGUUAUUGCCAACUUAAUUCCAACUGACAGAUGUUUCUCGUAGUUUGGCUGCUUUUGCUUGGAUCUGUCUCCAUUUCGAGUCAGAAUAUGUUGGUAUGUCUGAUAGCCCAUGCGGAGGAAACCAAAGAAGUCAUUUACGUUUUUCUUAUUCGGUUUCUUCAUCAGCUGAGAGUAUUGAUCCAGGUCUGUUCGUUUGGUAGGCCAUUUUCUGACAUAGAUUGUCAGAACAUUGCUUGCUAGAAGUCCAGACAAGGGUCAAUGCGCUCCGUUGAUGGACGAACAUAAGAAAGAAGACGCCAAUGGCUUCUUUAAUUUCCUGCGCGUGGGCUAUCAGAUAUACCAAGACAUUCUGACACGCAUCGGCGAC